GUCUUCCGGCGCCCGCGGAGGAGGCGAGGGUGGGACGCUGGGCGGAGCCCGAGUUUAGGAAGAGGAGGGGACGGCUGUCAUCAAUGAAGUCAUAUUCAUAAUCUAGUCUUCUCUCCCUCUGUUUCUGUACUCUGGGUGACUCAGAGAGGGAAGAGAUUCAGCCAGCACACUCCUCGCGAGCAAGCAUUACUCUACUGACUGGCAGAGACAGGAGAAGUAGAUGUCCACGCCCACAGACCCUGGUGCGAUGCCCCACCCAGGGCCUUCGCCAGGGCCUGGGCCUUCCCCUGGGCCAAUUCUUGGGCCCAGUCCAGGACCCGGACCUUCCCCAGGUUCCGUCCACAGCAUGAUGGGGCCAAGUCCUGGACCUCCGAGUGUCUCCCAUCCUAUGCCGACAAUGGGGUCCACAGACUUCCCACAGGAAAGCAUGCAUCAAAUGCAUAAGCCCAUCGAUGGGAUACAUGACAAGGGGAUUGUAGAAGACAUCCAUUGUGGAUCCAUGAAGGGCACUGGUAUGCGACCACCUCACCCAGGCAUGGGCCCUCCCCAGAGUCCAAUGGAUCAACACAGCCAAGGUUAUAUGUCACCGCACCCAUCUCCAUUAGGAGCCCCAGAGCACGUCUCCAGCCCUAUGUCUGGAGGAGGCCCAACUCCACCUCAGAUGCCACCAAGCCAGCCAGGGGCCCUCAUCCCAGGUGAUCCGCAGGCCAUGAGCCAGCCCAACAGAGGUCCCUCACCUUUCAGUCCCGUCCAGCUGCAUCAGCUUCGAGCUCAGAUUUUAGCUUAUAAAAUGCUGGCCCGGGGCCAGCCCCUCCCUGAAACGCUGCAGCUUGCAGUCCAGGGGAAAAGGACGUUGCCUGGCAUGCAGCAACAACAGCAGCAGCAACAGCAGCCGCAGCAGCAGCAGCAGCAACAGCAGCCGCAGCAGCAGCCACCGCAACCACAGACGCAGCAACAACAGCAGCCGGCCCUUGUUAACUACAACAGACCAUCUGUCGGGGCUUCGUUAGAAAUGACAAUAUUUGGGCAGCCCUCGCCCAUCCUUCAGCUGCAGCAGAAGCAGAGCCGUAUCAGCCCCAUCCAGAAACCGCAAGGCCUGGACCCCGUGGAAAUUCUGCAGGAGCGGGAAUACAGACUUCAGGCCCGCAUAGCUCAUAGGAUACAAGAACUGGAAAAUCUGCCUGGCUCUUUGCCACCAGAUUUACGAACCAAAGCAACCGUGGAACUAAAAGCACUUCGGUUACUCAAUUUCCAGCGUCAGCUGAGACAGGAGGUGGUGGCCUGCAUGCGCAGGGACACAACCCUGGAGACGGCUCUCAACUCCAAAGCAUACAAACGGAGCAAGCGCCAGACUCUGAGAGAAGCUCGCAUGACUGAGAAGCUGGAGAAGCAGCAGAAGAUUGAGCAGGAGAGGAAACGCCGUCAGAAACACCAGGAAUACCUGAACAGUAUUUUGCAACAUGCAAAAGAUUUUAAGGAAUAUCAUCGGUCUGUGGCCGGAAAGAUCCAGAAGCUGUCCAAAGCAGUGGCAACUUGGCAUGCCAACACUGAAAGAGAGCAGAAGAAGGAGACAGAGCGGAUUGAAAAGGAGAGAAUGCGGCGACUGAUGGCUGAAGAUGAGGAAGGCUAUAGAAAACUGAUUGAUCAAAAGAAAGACAGGCGUUUAGCUUACCUUUUGCAGCAGACUGAUGAGUAUGUAGCCAAUCUGACCAACCUGGUUUGGGAGCACAAGCAAGCCCAGGCAGCCAAAGAGAAGAAGAAGAGAAGGAGGAGGAAGAAGAAGGCUGAAGAGAAUGCAGAGGGUGGGGAGUCUGCCCUGGGACCGGAUGGAGAGCCCAUAGAUGAGAGCAGCCAGAUGAGUGACCUCCCUGUCAAAGUGACUCACACAGAAACCGGCAAGGUUCUGUUCGGACCAGAAGCACCCAAAGCAAGUCAGCUGGACGCCUGGCUGGAAAUGAAUCCUGGUUAUGAAGUUGCCCCUAGAUCCGACAGUGAAGAGAGUGAUUCUGAUUACGAGGAGGAGGACGAGGAAGAAGAGUCCAGUAGGCAGGAAACCGAAGAGAAAAUACUCCUGGAUCCAAAUAGCGAAGAAGUUUCUGAGAAGGAUGCUAAGCAGAUCAUUGAGACAGCUAAGCAAGACGUGGAUGAUGAAUACAGCAUGCAGUACAGUGCCAGGGGCUCCCAGUCCUACUACACCGUGGCUCAUGCCAUCUCGGAGAGGGUGGAGAAACAGUCCGCCCUCCUCAUUAACGGAACCCUAAAGCAUUACCAGCUCCAGGGCCUGGAAUGGAUGGUUUCCCUGUAUAAUAACAAUUUGAACGGAAUCUUAGCUGAUGAAAUGGGGCUAGGAAAGACCAUACAGACCAUUGCACUCAUCACUUAUCUGAUGGAGCACAAAAGACUCAAUGGCCCCUAUCUCAUCAUUGUUCCCCUUUCGACUCUAUCUAACUGGACAUAUGAAUUUGACAAAUGGGCUCCUUCUGUGGUGAAAAUUUCUUACAAGGGUACUCCUGCCAUGCGUCGCUCCCUUGUCCCCCAGCUACGGAGUGGCAAAUUCAAUGUCCUCUUGACUACUUAUGAGUAUAUUAUAAAAGACAAGCACAUUCUUGCAAAGAUUCGGUGGAAAUACAUGAUAGUGGAUGAAGGCCACCGAAUGAAGAAUCACCACUGCAAGCUGACUCAGGUCUUGAACACUCACUAUGUGGCCCCCAGAAGGAUCCUCUUGACUGGGACCCCGCUGCAGAAUAAGCUCCCUGAACUCUGGGCCCUCCUCAACUUCCUCCUCCCCACAAUUUUUAAGAGCUGCAGCACAUUUGAACAAUGGUUCAAUGCUCCAUUUGCCAUGACUGGUGAAAGGGUGGAUUUAAAUGAAGAAGAAACUAUAUUGAUCAUCAGACGUCUACAUAAGGUGUUAAGACCAUUUUUACUAAGGAGACUGAAGAAAGAAGUUGAAUCCCAGCUUCCAGAAAAAGUGGAAUAUGUGAUCAAGUGUGACAUGUCAGCUCUGCAGAAGAUUCUGUAUCGCCAUAUGCAGGCUAAGGGGAUCCUCCUCACAGAUGGUUCUGAGAAAGAUAAGAAGGGGAAAGGAGGUGCUAAGACACUUAUGAACACUAUCAUGCAGUUGAGAAAAAUCUGCAACCACCCAUACAUGUUUCAGCACAUUGAGGAAUCCUUUGCUGAACACCUAGGCUAUUCAAAUGGGGUCAUCAAUGGGGCUGAACUGUAUCGGGCCUCAGGAAAGUUUGAGCUACUUGAUCGUAUUCUGCCAAAAUUGAGAGCGACUAAUCACCGAGUGCUGCUUUUCUGCCAGAUGACAUCUCUCAUGACCAUCAUGGAGGAUUAUUUUGCUUUUCGGAACUUCCUUUACCUACGCCUUGAUGGCACCACCAAGUCUGAAGAUCGUGCUGCUUUGCUGAAGAAAUUCAAUGAACCUGGAUCCCAGUAUUUCAUUUUCUUGCUGAGCACCAGAGCUGGUGGCCUGGGCUUAAAUCUUCAGGCAGCUGAUACAGUGGUCAUCUUUGACAGCGACUGGAAUCCUCAUCAGGAUCUGCAGGCCCAAGACCGAGCUCACCGCAUCGGGCAGCAGAACGAGGUCCGGGUGCUGAGGCUCUGUACCGUGAACAGCGUGGAGGAAAAGAUCCUCGCGGCUGCAAAAUACAAGCUGAACGUGGAUCAGAAAGUAAUCCAGGCAGGCAUGUUUGACCAAAAGUCUUCAAGCCACGAGCGGAGGGCAUUCUUGCAGGCCAUCUUGGAGCAUGAAGAGGAAAAUGAGGAAGAAGAUGAAGUACCGGACGAUGAGACUCUGAACCAAAUGAUUGCUCGACGAGAAGAAGAAUUUGACCUUUUUAUGCGGAUGGACAUGGACCGGCGGAGGGAAGAUGCCCGGAACCCGAAACGCAAGCCCCGCUUAAUGGAGGAAGAUGAGCUGCCCUCCUGGAUCAUUAAGGAUGACGCCGAAGUAGAAAGGCUCACCUGUGAAGAAGAGGAGGAGAAAAUAUUUGGGAGGGGGUCUCGCCAGCGCCGUGACGUGGACUACAGUGACGCCCUCACAGAGAAGCAGUGGCUAAGGGCCAUUGAAGACGGCAAUUUGGAGGAAAUGGAAGAGGAAGUACGGCUUAAGAAGCGAAAAAGACGAAGAAAUGUGGAUAAAGAUCCUGCGAAAGAAGAUGUGGAAAAAGCUAAGAAGAGAAGAGGCCGCCCUCCUGCUGAGAAACUGUCACCAAAUCCCCCCAAACUGACAAAGCAGAUGAACGCUAUCAUCGAUACUGUGAUAAACUACAAAGAUAGGUGUAACGUGGAGAAGGUGCCCAGUAAUUCUCAGUUGGAAAUAGAAGGAAACAGUUCAGGGCGACAGCUCAGUGAAGUCUUCAUUCAGUUACCGUCAAGGAAAGAAUUACCAGAAUACUAUGAAUUAAUUAGGAAGCCAGUGGAUUUCAAAAAAAUAAAGGAAAGGAUUCGUAAUCAUAAGUACCGGAGCCUGGGCGACCUGGAGAAGGAUGUCAUGCUUCUCUGUCACAACGCUCAGACAUUCAACCUGGAAGGAUCCCAGAUCUAUGAAGACUCCAUCGUUUUACAGUCAGUGUUUAAGAGUGCCCGGCAGAAAAUUGCCAAAGAGGAAGAGAGUGAGGAUGAAAGCAAUGAAGAGGAGGAGGAGGAAGAGGAGGAAGAGUCAGAGUCGGAGGCAAAAUCAGUCAAGGUGAAAAUUAAGCUCAAUAAAAAAGAUGAGAAAGGCCGGGACAAAGGAAAAGGCAAGAAAAGGCCAAAUCGAGGAAAAGCCAAACCUGUAGUGAGCGAUUUUGACAGCGAUGAGGAGCAGGAUGAACGUGAACAGUCAGAAGGAAGUGGGACGGAUGAUGAGUGAUCAGUAUGGACGUUUUUCCUUGGUAGAACGGAAUUCCUUCCUCCCCUGUCUCAUUUCUACCCAGUGAGUUCAUUUUGUCAUAUAGGCACUGGGUUGUUUCUAUAUCAUCAUCGUCUAUAAACUAGCUUUAGGAUAGUGCCAGACAAACAUAUGAUAUCAUGGUGUAAAAAAAAAAAACACACAUACACAAAUAUUUGUAACAUAUUGUGACCAAAUGGGCCUCAAAGAUUCAAAGAUUGAAACAAACAAAAAAGCUUUUGAUGGAAAAUAUGUGGGUGGAUAGUAUAUUUCUAUGGGUGGGUCUAAUUUGGUAACGGUUUGAUUGUGCCUGGUUUUAUCACCUGUUCAGAUGAGAAGAUUUUUGUCUUUUGUAGCACUGAUAACCAGGAGAAGCCAUUAAAAGCCACUGGUUAUUUUAUUUUUCAUCAGGCAAUUUUCAAGGUUUUUAUUUGUUCGGUAUUGUUUUUUUACACUGUGGUACAUAUAAGCAACUUUAAUAGGUGAUAAAUGUACAGUAGUUAGAUUUCACCUGCAUAUACAUUUUUCCAUUUUAUGCUCUAUGAUCUGAACAAAAGCUUUUUGAAUUGUAUAAGAUUUAUGUCUACUGUAAACAUUGCUUAAUUUUUUUGCUCUUGAUUUUUAAAAAAGUUUUGUUGAAAGCGCUAUUGAAUAUUGCAAUCUAUAUAGUGUAUUGGAUGGCUUCUUCUGUCACCCUGAUCUCCUAUGUUACCAAUGUGUAUCGUCUCCUUCUCCCUAAAGUGUACUUAAUCUUUGCUUUCUUUGCACAAUGUCUUUGGUUGCAAGUCAUAAGCCUGAGGCAAAUAAAAUUCCAGUAAUUUCGAAGAAUGUGGUGUUGGUGCUUUCCUAAUAAAGAGAUAAUUUAGCUCGACAAA